CACACAGUGUUUACUUUCACUUUGCAGUUGAGUGCGUAAGUUCUCUCAUGAAUUUCUGCUCAUAUCGUAGUUUUGUUUUUAUUCAUCUCUGUAGGAAUGGGAAGUGAGAAGACGAGGUGUUUCCCCUAACGUCCAGAUUAUAUGUUGUGGUGAAAAUUUGAAUUCGCUCUUUUGUUCACGCACUUCGCAGCUGAAAGCUCCUACAACAUGGACCCACCUGGACCUGGCCCCGGGUCUAAACCCAGACCUGAACCUGCUCCCAGUUCUGUGUCUCUGAAAAGUGACCAGUCUAAAAAGUUUCCUCCUGACUUUGGAGAAGCUCCUCCCGAAGACCAGAGAGGACAGGUUUUUGAAGGUGACUGGGAGGAAAUCACUAAACCCAAUCUGGCAACACUGGAUGGGCACGAGGAGAUUGUGAGGGAGCCAGGCCCAGACGAGCAGCUGGACGCCAUAUUCAAGGUGAAACAGCAGCUGCAGAAGCUCCACAGGCUCCUGGCCUCAGAUUACCCAGAAUGCUCCGAGAGUGAGGAGGAGGAGAGCAGAGAGGUUCUGAACAUCACCCUGGACUUCCUGAAGAGGAUGGACCAGGAACAUCUGGCCCAGCGUCUGUUCAAAAGGAGUAAAGUUGGAUUCAGAGAUAAACUGAAGUGUGAUCUGCAGCAGAGGUUCAGUCGUGUGUUUGAGGGCGUGGCUAAAGCAGGAGACUCCACCCCCCUGACCCAGAUCUACACAGAGCUCUACAUCACAGAGGGCGGAGCCUCAGAGGUCAACCAGGAACAUGAGGUCAGACACAUUGAGAGGGUGACCAGGAGACUGACGGCUCCAGAGACCAUCACAUGUGAAGAGCUCUUUAAACCCCGCCCACAUUCACCACAACCAAUCAGGACAGUGCUGACGAAGGGCGUGGCCGGCGUGGGGAAAACAGUGCUGACUCAGAAGUUCGGUCUGGACUGGGCUGAAGGUCGGGCCCACCAGGACCUCCAGCUGCUGUUCCCCUUCACUUUCAGAGAUCUGAACGUGCUCAGAGACUCACAGUUCAGCCUGGUGGAGCUGCUGCACCACUUCUUCAGUCCAUCCAAAGAUCUCUGCAGCUUCCAACAGCUCCAGGUGCUCUUCAUCUUUGACGGUCUGGACGAGUGCAGACUUCCUCUGGACUUCAGCCGAACCCGGGUCCUGACCGACCCCACAGAGUCCACCUCAGUGCACGUGCUGCUGGUGAACCUCAUCAGGGGGAACCUGCUUCCCUCCGCUCUCCUCUGGAUAACCACGCGCCCCGCCGCGGCCAAUCAGAUCCCUACUGAGUGCGUCUCCAUGGUGACAGAGGUGCGAGGGUUCACCGACCCGCAGAAGGAGCAGUACUUCAGGAAGAGGUUCAGAGACCAGGCCACGGUCGUCAUCUCCCACAUCAAGAGCGUCCGCAGCCUCCACAUCAUGAGCCACCUGCCGAUCUUCUGCUGGAUCCUCUCCACAGUUCUACAGAAGCUUCUGGAACAAACGGAGGAACCAGAGCUGCCCCGGACUCUCACACAGAUGUACGUCCACUUCCUGGUGGUGCAGGCCAAAGUCCAGAACAUCAAGUAUCACCAGGGAUCAGGGGAGGACCUUCACUGGACUCCAGAGAUCAGGGAGAUGGUGAAGUCUCUGGGAAAACUGGCCUUUGAGCAGCUGCAGAAAGGAAACCUGAUCUUCUACGAGAGUGACCUGAGCGAGUGUGGGCUGGACGCUGCAGCGGCCUCAGUGUACUCCGGAGUGUUCACACAGAUCUUUAGAGAGGAGCCAGGCCUGUACCAGGACAAGGUCUACUGCUUCAUCCAUCUGAGUGUGCAGGAGUUUCUGGCAGCUCUUCACGUCCAUCAGACCUUCUACAGCUCUGGAGUGAACCUGUUGGAGACACCACACUCCUCUGAGAGAACAAAGUCUGGGUUCAAACGUAAAAGACAAAGAAAAUGCACUUUGACGCAAGAAAUCUCAGAGACACCAGACUCUGAGGAGUCUGAGGACUAUUCAGACACAGAGAUCUCCUCUGUCCCCUCCAUGACACUAGACCCUGAGACCUUCUACCGCUCUGCUGUGGACCAGACCUUACAGAGUCCAAACGGACACCUGGAUCUGUUCCUGCGCUUCCUCCUGGGGCUGUCUCUGCCAAACAAUCAGAACCUGCUGCAGGGUCUGCUGACUCACACAGGAAGUGACUGGACCAAUCAGGAGACAGUAAAGUUCAUCAAACAGAAGCUGGAUGAAGAGGGUCUGUCUGCAGAGAGAAGCCUGAACCUGUUCCACUGUCUGAACGAGCUCAACGAUGGCAGUCUGGUGAAGCAGAUACAGAAGAACAUGAGAAGAUACCUCUCUGAUAGAACCAUGUCUCCUGCUGAGUGGUCUGCUCUGUCCUUCGUCUUACUGUCCUCAGACUCAGACCUGGAGGAGUUUGACCUGAGAAAAUAUCAGGCCUCAGAGACAGCUCUCCUGGGUCUGCUGCCGGUGGUCAGAGCCUCCACCAAAGCCCUUCUUUGUGGCUGUGGUCUGUCUCCUCACAGCUGUGCUCCUCUGGCCUCAGUCCUCAGCUCCUCCAGUCUCACACAUCUGGAUCUCACUAACAACGACCUCCAGGACUCAGGAGUGGAGCUGCUGUGUUCUGGACUGAAGAGCGCCCCCUGCAGACUGGAGACGCUCAGGCUGUCUGGAUGUCUGGUCUCAGAGAGGGGCGGGGCUGCUCUGGCCUCAGCUCUGAGCUCCGCCCCCUCCCACCUCAGAGAGUUCGAUCUGAGCUACAACCAUCCUAGGACCCUCCACUGAGCUCCUGACCGCUCUACAGGACCAGCGCCCCCUGCUGUCUGUCAGGUUGGAUCCUGCUGGAGAGCGCUGGAUGGUCCCAGGUUUGAGGAAGUGUGAGUUUGUUUUGUUUCCUUCACACAGUAAAGUCCAGACAACAGCUCAGGUCAUUCACUCAGGUCCACCCAGUUUUCCUUCAUUGGACCAGUUUGGUGAAGUUUAUAAUUUCACUGGGACAUGAGCCGCAGACGUGACAUGUAGAGGCGAUUCCAUAAUUGUGACCUAGUGCAGUCAGAUCCCAAAGCUGCCGCCAGGUGAGGCCAUUCAGAGUUUCAGCCAAAGCCAGCUAACAGUUUUGUAGGCCAAAUCGUGAGGUGAGGCCUUACCCUUCCCACUGGCCACUGAUGUGCACAGAUGAAGCGCACGUAGGACACUAUCAGCUGUAGUGUUUGCUGAGUAGAAACCAGGUUGAGGUGAGGCAUAUAUAUGGCACAGUUAUUUGUGCACGUCCUUAAUGAUGAUCAGCUUUUACACACUUGUUAACCUGGCACCUCCCCUGCGCUUUCAUCACAGCUUUGUGAGCAUGUAACGAUCACAUAAAUAAAGCAGGUGAAGAGCAUGGAGCUUUAUGCACAGCAUCUUAUGGCACUCCAUUGGCACAAGAGGCUGCAUAGUCGCUUCUCGUGUGCAUACUUUAAAAUGAAUGGCUUUUACAUCACAGCACAUGUGGGAAGAUCACAUAUGUGGCAUCAAGGGGUUGACAAUUUGGAAUAAUAACAGAAAUGGUGUUGCAACAACGCCACCCCAAAUCUAGUUUGGGGAAAUAGAAUCUAAGUAUAAGGCACACAGGUAAGCAUAUCAAAUGAGAGACCCAGGGCCCAUCAUUUACUGGGAAUUUAUUUUACAUUUUUAAAGGAAACACGUUUUUUAUUUCAAUAAUGAUAGCUACAACAUAAAAGUCCUGGAUCCAAUCACUCACUUGUUUAGUUCAUUAUAAAACAGUUACCCACGUUUCGCAGUUGGGCACCCAGUCUCCGUGUGGGAGAAACUACUCAAGGCGCAAUGAUACAGCCAAGCAGAGAAACUACGAAAAACUGAAUUGUGUGACAAUUUGGACAUUUUUGUGAAUGGACAGGAGCAGGAGACAUUCAUUACCUGUCGCCAAAGACCAGGGCACAUGAGAACACACUGUGAAGCUCAGCCUGCGAGAGAAAAGCAGUGCCGGGCUCACAGUCAGAAAGAGGCACUAAAAAGAUCAGUGAUUUAGGAAUUUGGAUAUUUUCAUGAAUAAGGGCUAAAGGACUGGAAUUAUACCUGGUCAUGGAGGACAUAGCGACUUACACAGGGACCCAGAAAUGCGUGUGGACAAAAGGGGGAACAACGAGAAAGGAAGCGCUUAUAAAAGUUUAUAAAGAGGCAGCUGCAGAGCUGCUUCUAGUCGUACACGCACUUUAAGAUAUGGACUUUUACGCACUUGUUAACCUGGCAUCUCCACUGUGCUUUGACUGCAGGGAGGUCAGGCGUAUGCGGCCCCUCUCAUGUCAACAGAGCAGCGUGCGUAAAGCUCUGUGCUCUCACCAGAGGCAGCCGCAUGGGGAGCAGCUCCUCCUACAAAUAAACAGCUGACCAACCGAGCACUAUAGCCCGUACCGGGACAGAAAGACUGUCUGCAGACAGAAUAAGGAAAGCUGGCUGGGCAGUGAAUCAAUUGAAUUAUGUGCCCAGAGGCCCACUGCCUCCACUGCCAGGAAGGCAGGAAGCUUUUAUGAGGCUUUCUGCUUCCCUGUUUACCUCAUCAGUCAUUUGAUGCAAGAAACUUUCACAGGAUCAUGAGAUACUUUUUACAGCAUCACCUGAUAGUUUCUCAGGAUCACGUGAUAAUUUCUCUGGAUUCUUUUUAUUUAAACCCUCACCCCACAGCCCCUGUGGGGCUCCGUAGUAAAUGUCACGUGAAGUGUGAAGUACUUUUAUGUACUAUUUAUGACAAGUGCCCUUUACUAAACAUUUAGAACAAAAUAAUGAGAUGAAGUAUUUGUGUUUCAGACACCUGUGACGUCUCUCUGGACCCAAACUCAGCUCACAGACGUCUGCUUCUGUCUGAGGACCAUAGGACUGUGACCCGUGUGGAGGAGGAGCAGGAGUAUCCAGAUCAUAACGACAGGUUCACAAACUGGCCUCAGGUCCUGAGCUGCACUGAACUGAGGGGGCGCUGUUACUGGGAGGUGGACUGGAGCGGGAGGGUUGAUGUAGCACUGAGUUACAGCAAGAUCAGACGGAGCGAAGGGGGUCUGGAGAGUGCGUUUGGGAACAAUGAUCAGUCCUGGAGUUUGUGGAUCUCUGAUGACGGAGAAUAUUUCGUCUGGCACAACAGUGACACAACACGACUCCAUCUCUCACGUCACUCAGAGAGAGAGGGCGUGUCCUCUGGUAAAGGAGGUGUGGCCUGUGGUAAAGGGGACGUGUCCUCGGGCAGAGUGGGCGUGUUCCUGGACUCUGAGGCUGGAGCUUUGUCCUUCUUUGAGGUCUCCUCUGAUGGAGAACUGUUCCACAUCUGGACCUUCUCCUCGUUCUUCUCUGAGCCUCUGUUUACAGGGUUUGGACUAUUGGAUGAAGGUUCCUCUGUGACUCUGGUGAAAGAGACGAUACUCCCACGAUGAGGACACAACAAUGAGAACAAAAGACAAAGAGCAGGUCUGACAGUGACUUACUGUCAUGGUUCAUGUUUUGUUUUGCAUAAUCCUUGUGUCUUGUUCCUUUAGUUGAUGUCCUUGGUGUUUUCAUUUGCCCUUUGUCGUGUCUGCUUGUGUUUUGGAGUUGUCCUUCCUGUGUGUUGAUGGUUUGUUGUGCCUUCAUGUGUUUCUCCUGUGUCUUCCUCUGGACUUUCAUUUGUGGCUCUAAUGUCCGUAUCAAUGUUGGAUUUUUGGCAAUUCUUUGUUAUAUUAAAGACCGUUAAGAGCAGCCAUGCAUUUUUGCUCUUCACUCUGUUUCACCAUGAAAGACACAUACAUACACACAUACAGCUCCUUUAAAGGCCGCACACUUUUUAUCUCCACACUCAUGAUAGAAUAAAUACUAAAAGAUCACACGACAGACAGCAAGUUGUGGGUGGAUAUUUCUUAUUCUGUAAAGCACUUUUACUUGUACUUUUACUAUACAAAUAAACUUGCCUCGCUGACAACAUGAUAAAAA